CAACAGCCUUUGCAGCCCAAUCUGGUUGAGACCAGUUGCCCAAAUAUUCGGAUGGAUCCAAAGAUCUGCCCUGCAGACCCCAACUGGAUUGCUUUUAUUCAUAGCAACGACAUCUGGAUCUCCAAUCUGGCAACCAAAGAAGAGCAGAGGUUAACCUUUGUACAUAAAGAACAUGCCAACGUGGAAGAGGACCCCAAGUCAGCUGGCGUCGCUACCUUUGUGCUACAGGAGGAGUUUGACAGAUACACGGGCUACUGGUGGUGCCCGGCAGCCGAGCCAACUGUUGGUGGAGGGAAAAUCCUUCGAAUUCUGUAUGAAGAAAACGACGA